AUGGCGCCGCCGCCGGCUACGGAACUCCUUAUUGUCAGCUAGUCCCCGUAUCCAUGUCCUCUGGAAGAUGGCAGCUUCAGACUCCCUCUGAAUCACUUGUUGGCACAAGCAGUAAGAAUGGCACUAGUUAUGGAUCACUGAUGAGACGCAACACAGAACUGCUGAAAGCUGUUCAAGAGUUAGAGCGCACAUGCAUAACACUAAGAGAGGAGAACACUUUACUGCGGAAAAGCAGCUGUCCUGAAACAGAAGAAAAAGUAAAGAGACUAAAAAGGAAGAAUGCUGAACUGGCAAACAUUGCCCGGCGCUUGGAGGAGAGAGCAAGGAAACUGCAAGAAGCAAAUCUCAGAGUGGUAAACUCUCCUGUCCUGGCCAAAGGCUCCAGUUUGGAACACUACAAGAAAGCUUUUGCCAGGCAGCGUGCCAAAGAUCUCUCUGAACAUGCUGAUGUCAUCCUUGCCAAAGAUAAGGAGAUAGAAGAGUUAAGGCAAGAAUGUUGUGACCUUCAUGCAAAACUGGGACCAUCAAAGGAGACUCCAGAUCAGUUAAAACAGAGUGACUUUGAGCGAGUGCUGAGAGAAUCUCAAAAGGAAGUAUUGCGGCUGCAGAGACAGUUAGCUGUUGUGUCUCUCCAAGGGUCCUCUCACUUGAACGGCCCUGGGACUGGAACAGAAUUAUGUAAAAAACGGAAAGAAUGUGAAAGCCAUGAACAAGAAAUAAAAAAACGCCAGCGGAUAUGCCAGGAUUUGGAGAAUGAGCUGAAGCAAGUCUGGAGUGAGAAUGCACGGUUAACUGAAGAGACCAUUAGACUCAGCCAGGAGGCACAAGAGACUGAUAAGAUUAAAGCCCAGAACAAUGACCUGAGAGGGAGACUCUCAGUGGUUACAGCAGAACGAGAUUCAGUUCUGAAGGAGAAUCAGCGACUCCAAGCCAAACUGGAGAAUCUAGAGCAAGUACUGAAGCAUAUGCGAGAGGUGGCAGAACGUAGGCACCAGUUGCAGUUGGAACAUGAAGAAGCACUGACCAUUCUUCAAGCCAAGCAGCAUGAGGUUGAACGACUGCAACAGGCCCAGUUUGAAGCAAAGAAGGAACAUGAAGGUGUGGUUCAGUUGUUGGAGGCAAAGGUACGAGAUCUCGAAGAAAAAUGUAGGAGUCAAAGCACACAGUUUAGCCUUCUCUCCCAGGAAUUGGAGCACUUUCGUCUGCAAGCUGGAAACAUUGAUCUACUAACCAGCACCCUUGUCAACUCAGAUACACCUGGAUUACUCUCUCGCAGUCAGCCCCAACUACUUAAUGGAGUUGAAUCACCAGUGGAAAAAGAUGCAGAAAGCCUUCCCCAGCCGGUUUCUCAGUCACCUUGUCCAGUACAGAAUGAGAAGGAACAGGAAGAGCAAAUUCCCAAUAAGCCACAGACUCAAGAAGUCAGUGUCUCCCAGGAGUCAGAGGAGAUAGCAACAGAAGUUGGUUCUAUUAGCAGCAAAAUACAACCAGAAUCAAACGACAGCUCUAGCAAAGAAUCUCCGAAAACAGAAUUGUCGCAAUGUACCCCAAAAUCUUGUACAACUCCAGAGGUCGAUACAGCCAGUGAAAUGGAAGAGUUGGAUAUUGAUAAUAUCUCCUCCAUUCCAGAGCCUGAGAGCAGAGUGACUGCAAAAUUGAAGGUUUUCAUUGCUCGAUACAGUUACAAUCCCUUUGAAGGGCCCAAUGAAAAUCCAGAGGCAGAACUACCACUGACGGCAGGAGAGUAUAUCUACGUAUAUGGAGACAUGGAUGAAGAUGGAUUUUAUGAAGGAGAGCUAAUGGAUGGGAGACGGGGAUUAGUACCUUCAAACUUCAUUGAGCGUGUAUCUGAUGAGGACAUGUUGACAUUUCAUCCUCCAGAAGUCAAUGAUUUGUCCCACAGUUCAUUCCAGGAGGUCAGUUUCCACAGUGGUAGUGAGCAAAGCCUUCCAGUGCGGAAGAACAGCAUUGAAAAGUCGGAGACAUCCAGUCCCAAUGAAGAUCUCUCUCUGCACAGCUCACUGAUAAAGACAGAGAACCAUGUAAGCAAUGGCUUUGAUCUCAAUGCAGAAGAAGUGGCUGAAUAUAAUGAGGAUGUGGUGCCUUACCCCAGGAAACUGAAAUUGAUUAAACAGCUUGCCAAAAGUAUCAUUGUCAGCUGGGAGUCCCCUCUUGUUCCAGGUGGCUGGGGUACAAUAUUCAGUUAUAAUAUCUACGUGGAUAAAGAAUUGCGGAUGAAUGUAAAGUUUGGUGCACAGACCAAAGCUGUAAUAGAGAGACUUGAACUUAAUGCUAAAACUUACAGAAUUUCUGUGCAGUGUGUAACAGACAAAGGAAGCUCAGAUGAAAUAUACAGCAGCAUGCUUGUGGGGAAAGAUGUCUGUGUUGCCCCUAUGCACUUGAAAGUCCAUCGUAUUACCGCAACCUCAGCGGACAUUUCUUGGUUGCCAAGCAACAGUAAUUACAGCCAUGUGAUUUCCCUCAAUGAGGAGGAAUACGAAGUGGUAAAGGCAGGGUGCUACUCAUGCUCAUUAUUGAACUUGAGGCCGAACAUGAAAUACAAAGUGAAAGUGGAAGCCAGACCACACCAGAUACCCUGGGAGCUGCCACCGAACCGAAGACAACUCAAAUGUGUGUUUACACAGUUUACAACUUUGGCAGGAGGCCCUCCUGAUGCCCCAUUGGAUGUUCAGAUAGAAGCAGGCCCCACUCCUGGUGCUGUGCUGAUCAGUUGGCUACCAGUAACCAUAGACGCUGCGGGGACCUCAAAUGGAGUGCGAGUCACUGGAUAUGCUGUCUAUGCUGAUGGACAGAAGAUUAUUGAAGUGACAUCUCCCACAGCUGGUAGUGUGCUAGCUAGAUCAAGUCAGAUUCAGCUUCUGCAGGUGUCUAAGGAACUCACUGUUCGUACCAUGUCUCCUUAUGGUGAAUCAGCUGACUCCAACCCCAUUAAAAUUCCUCGAGCACUGUUUACAUUUCCUUUACACCCUAUGCCAUUACAGACUGCACCAGAUAAAUGUCUCCAUCCUGAAAACAGUGUUCCUCUCAAUCAUGGAUUACCCAAUGUAGAUUUCAAGGAUGAGGCUCUGCCUGGGUUAACCUGUGACAAGAUUCUCAAUAAUGACAGUGCCACAAGCUACAAUGCAGACGAGCAGGGAAACUAUCCACCUGCUUUUGAAACCUUGAGUCAAGUGGCUGAUGCGAAGCCAAACUUUGAAGAGCCAGCAAGUAUUCUAAAGGAAGAUACCAACAAUUUGAAGGAUGGUAAUGCAGGUUUGUUGGAUUCUUCUAAUGAGAACAAUGUUGAAGAACAGCCAAAAGAAAAUACAGACCAUUUGGAAAAUGCUCAGCUAAAGAGGUCAGUUGGAUAUCUUGAAGAAUUCCUUGUGGACUUGGAGCAGAAGGAGCAUCUGGACAUUAUGGAAGAUUCUGAAGUGAAAGACUUGAAAAGUGAUCCUGAUAACCAGAUGAUGGAGAGAACCAUAGAAACACCAAUCAAUGGAAUCCAAGAAUCCAAGGAAGAAGUAGAAUAUGAUGUCUCCCUGACUAAUAUUCGGGUUCCCUCUAUUGAGGAAUUUUUGACGGAAUCAGAAUUAAAGCAGGAAAAAGUACUUAUUGCAGUGGAUGGAGAGAUGACUGAAGGGGGCCAGCUUCGAUCUGAAAAUAACCAUCAGCACAUUGGUAAAGCUGAGGAUCAUGAAAAUGAGGAUUACCCCCCUGACAGUAGUCGUGGCUCGGAUCUCUCGGAUAUCAUGGAAGAAGAUGAAGAAGAACUGGGGUCAGACUCACAAGCUAAUGAAGAGCUGCAGAAACAAGAAUGCAGCUUGAACAGAGAGAACUCACUGAAGCCUGAACAGUAUGAAACUGAUAGCGAUGAGGAGUUUAUGGAGAAAAUUCUAGAACUUCCUUUGCAGAAACAUUGCAGUAAGAAACUAUUCAGCAUUCCUGAACUAACGGAGGAGGAAGAGGAGGAGGAGGACAAGGACAAGGAGACCAUUUACAGCAGAAAGCAAGACAGCACUAGAAAUCAAGAACAAGGAAAAAAGGUCUCUAACCACUGCCAAGAGAAAGUACAGGUAGAGGAUCAGAUAUUUAACUGUAUGCAAACAAGUUCUCAUGACAACAAAUUAAGAGACCAAAACUCAACUGUUGAUACCAAAAGUCAAGAAGUGAGAGAAAAACAAGUCUCCAAAAUCAAUCUGUGUAACAGCAAAAAUCUAGUGCAGGAUGCCAAAAGUUAUAAUGUUGCUCAAAACGACCUAAAGUUCAUGGACUCGGAGAAAAGCUUAAUGUAUACAUGUGAUCAGAGCAACAGGCAAGAGCCAGGUGAAAAACACACUCACUACACUAAGAGCAACUUCAGAAAGAAAGAAUGGUGCGAAGAGGCCAGUUCCAGAUUUCAUCAUAGGUAUUCCAAAGGAUGUAUUAGGUCCCACAGUUUGAAAAGGAAGACUUCAGAAUGCACACAUAAAAGCAUUGUCAAUGACUAUGACUUUGAAACCACUGUAGAGAAAUCACAAUCAGAGGAAAGCCACAGAGAUAUCUUAGCUGUGACAGUAGAUGAUCCAACAACCAUAUUACAAAGGCAACCUCGGACACAGAUUAGGUCUACAACUGAAGGGCUGAAUAUAUCAGAUACUGGAAGCCCUCGUUACAACAGGAGGUACCAGGUGUCACACAAACAACUAGAAAUAGACAUAGAAUAUGGUACUGAGGAGGAAGAAGAAAUACUAUCUCCUAACUUACAUUUCUGUUCAAAUUUUAUUCACCUGGACCAAAGGAGAUCAGAUUGGUUACAUGGUGGCUCGAAACACAAUGAAAAUGAGAAUAGGCAUUGCAGCCAGUGUGAUUCUACUCAGUCGAAUGGACAAAGACAUGUAUCAGAUGAAGCUAAUGUUUUUGAUUCAAACUCUGGUGGCACUAAGUCUCCUCAUCGUCAUAAAAGAAAAGAUAAAGCUGUUUUUCCUAGGUGUCAGCUACAUCAUGACCGAGGGAGACUAAAAGGAAAAAUUAAAGAUGAGAAAAAGUUGGAGGCUUGGAAUACGGAGUCUCAUGAAUUGGGCAGAACGAGGGCAAGGGCAAAGACAGAGUUUGUGGAUUCAGCAUGUACAUGGGGGUUUGCAGUAGAUAUAGAUUCAGGCUCUCCCUGUGCUCCUGACUCACCUGCAGUACGAUCUUUAAAUCCCAAUAACAGCACACCGCUUGGCCCCAGUAGAGGGGAGUUGUUCACUUCAAAGGAUGUGUGCAUAAGUCAAGAGGGUUCAAUUCUUGAUGGACAUAAGGAGAUAGAGUCAAAAGGGAGAGUGGAUGAUGUCCUUGUUCGCAUCUUUGUGGCUUUGUUUGAUUAUGAUCCUGCAACCAUGUCACCGAACCCAGAUGCUGCUGAGGAGGAGUUGGCAUUUAAGGAAAGCCAGAUCCUAAAGAUAUUUGGUGAUAAGGAUGCUGAUGGGUUUUACCGUGGAGAGGCAAAUGGCCAGACUGGCUUUGUGCCAUGUAACAUGGUCUCAGAAAUCCAAGUGGAUGAUGAUGAUGUGAUGGAGCAGCUGUUACAACGGGGUUACCUGGUUCCCAGUACCACGAUGGAGGAGCUGGUGCAUUCCAACACAUGGAAGGAAACUCAACAGCGAGAAUGGAAUCAAUCCAGCAGUGCACUGCAGAACUUACCUAUGAAGAGAAUGAUGGCUGUUUUUGAUUAUGAUCCCAGGGAAAGCUCUCCUAAUGUGGAUAUUGAGGCUGAGUUGACUUUCAGUGCUGGUGAUAUCAUUACUGUUUACGGAGACAUGGACGAAGACGGUUUCUAUUACGGAAAUUUGAAUGGAAUAUAUGGGCUAGCUCCAUCCAACUUCCUGGAAAUGAUCAGUACAGAGGAGGCAGUGGGGACAGGUGUUGGGAGUGCUGUUCCAAGGCUUCCUCAGACGGCCGUUCACAAGGAAAAACAGCUAAACUUGGAUGAGGCAGAAGUUUCAAAUCCUGUUGUACCAAUGAACAUUCAAUCCAGUAUUACAGCAGGGUGUUUGGAUAAUCACGGAUGCAAUGAGAAUUCAAAUAGCAAGAAGAAAAAGGGCUUUUUUUCAAAAGGAAAGAAACUAUUCAAAAGAUUGGGAUCAAGUAAACGAGAAUAACUCACCUCAAAUCCAUCAAAAAAGAGAAGCUGCCAGUUGAGAUUCAGUAAACUUUGAUUAACUCAUCUAGAAUCCUGAAGAGAAUAACCAGAGAGUCACCAAAAAGGAUAAAGGAAUACAAUCAAAAUAGCAAGGAGGAUCCAAUCCCACUGGAAGAAUAUAUCCAAUCUGGGAUGAAUUGAUUGAGUGUUUCCCAAAUGGAGUCCACCAAAAGAAACGGGUCACACCUGGAUCCAACAAAAGGUGUUUGCUAUUUCCACCCAACUUCCAGUAAAUGGCAAAUUCACUUGAGACCAGUAAAUCAGGAUGAAUCUCACCUGGAAGUUGGUAGGCUUUGAAUAUGCACAAAAUCUCAACAGAUUGUUACUGUUGAAGAGAGAUUGUAUUCUAAAAUGCAGAAUAUUUUCUGCUGUGAAUGAUGGAGAAACCUCCAUCUUUUAUUCAUUUCACAAUUAUUAAUAUUGUAAUUCACUGAUAACUUGGUCAACACAAUUAGUUCUUGCUGAGCAGUAAUCACAUCUACUGAUAAAGAGAAUGCCUUUCACCAGACUGUAAUAACUGCAAUCCAAGAAUUAUGUAGCCUGCAGGAAAUAUACACAUCAUCUCAUCUGUAACUGUUAAAAGACAAGUGACACAUUACAUUCAUGCAUUAAUAUAGCUGUGACAGCUUAUCAACCCAGAAAAUAGGUUUUUUUUCCCAAGUAACUGUAUAGCAGCUUUGUUUACGCUUUGAAGUGGUAUAAAUCUCUCCGUUUCAUAUAAUUCAGAGUCAGGCAGGCUGUGGAAUCUCGAGCACAUAAACAGAGAUGUACCAGGGCCCGGCUGACUAGUUGUGUUAACAGUGACAAGAAGAAUGUACUUGAGUGGUAAACUCAUGUUGGUUGCCAGACAAGUCUUGCUAAUUAAUCUCUCUGAAUUUCAUGCAGUGGUGAAUCAAUCACCUUUUAUCAGUAGGGUUUUUCUUGCAUUGCUCUUAUUUACCAAAUCCAGAAUGGAACAGGUACAGUGCAAGAGUUUAUAAUCUGGACCCCAAUUCUAAUGUUUGCUUUGUCACUGAAGAAAACACACUAAAAGAUUCCUCUAUAUAAUGAGAUGGAAAAGUAAAAUGGAACCUUGUUCUUCUUCAUCUGAUACCAGAUGCUGAAAUUCUGUGAGCAUUGCAGAGAUUUCUAAGUAAUCAGCUGGGUAUAAAGCUGGUAGAUGACAACUUUUGAGGAAACUGUCCAUCUCUGAUCCACGACUGCCUAUGCAUGGGUAACCAGAAGGUUAUCCUCUGCCUUAUUCAAGAAAGACAUCUCAAUGAAUUACAAAGUGUGAAAAUAAAAUUCACUUGCCAAUCGCAAUACCCUGCCAGUAUUCAGCUACACCCUGAGUUGGCAGCACACCUGCUUUGUGUUCCAGGCUCCUGACCAGCUGUCAGACAUAAAAUAGAACUUAUUUUCAUAUGUUUAAGAUAAGCCAUCAUGUUUGAAUUCUAGCACGUGGCUUUAUAAUAUACAAUCAAAAGAUUUUGUAAAAAAAGAGUUUAUAUGAUUGAUUUUGACAUUUGUAAAUAGUUCUACUUCUUGUUUUGCAUGUAUUGUUGGGACUGUGUCCAACUACUCUGCAUGGAGUGGUGUGAGCAGAUCCUUAGCCCUUACAGUCAACCUAUUUCUUUAUUUCUACAUAGAAAUGUUUUUACUGAAAUAAAGUCUAUUUUCACAGAAAAUGCCCUGUAUAAUGAAUUUUUUAAACUGCAGAGGCUUUUAUUAGGCAAGGAUAAUGAGGAUAGGCAGGGAGCACAGACAGACAACUAUAGAAAACUCAGGAACAAUGAGC